AUGAACUCGUUCUUACUCAACCGCGCUCUUGGUAGCGUCAGUCCCGCCGCUCUUGCGCGGUCGCAAAAUACCCGUCUCGUCUACUCCAUCCAGCCGGCCAGCCAUGUAUCACUGAGCAUCAACCCUCCGGACACAACCAACGAGGAAGAUGCCCUGCAAAAUGGCGUCGCACACCCGGCCGGUGUGAACACUAUCACAGUCGACAAGUUCGAAGGGCGUUGGCUUCUCUCUGGUGGUACAGACUCGUCGAUUGGUAUCUGGGACCUCGAGACUCCGACGAGCCAGUCUGAUGAGACUCGCCUCAUCCAGCCGCUCGGAUAUGCCUCCAAGACCUCGAAAACGGCAAACUUUGGCAUCACUCAUGUCUCGUUCUAUCCCUUUGACUCUCUAGCAUUCCUGUCAAGCAGCUAUGAUCACUCGCUGAAGCUCUACUCGUCCGAGACGCUCGAAACCUCAGCCGCCUUUGACCUUGAAGCCGUCGUCUACUCACACGCCCUUUCACCCAUCGCUUCUCACCUGCUAGUGGCCUGUGCUACACAACACCCUGCCGUACGACUUGUCGAUCUCCGCUCUGGCGCCAGUACCCAUUCACUUGCUGGCCACAGUGGUGCCGUGCUCACAACCGCCUGGCACCCGAAACGUGAACACGUGCUCGCCAGCGGUGGCUCUGAUGGCCUAGUACGGCUUUGGGACAUACGCCGUAGCGCAAGUAGUUUGGGUGUGCUCGACAUGGAAGACAGCAGGGGUGUCGGCGUGAAUGGCAACACACUGCGACGCGAGCGCGGCAAGGCUCAUUCAGGCGCCGUCAACGGCAUAACAUGGGACGAGGCAGGAGACUUCCUCGUUUCCUGCGGACAAGACGAUAGGAUCCGCGUCUGGAACGCAAAUACGGGCGCAAACACCCUGACCAAUUUCGGCCCUGCUGUCAAGAGCUCUACGACAUCCACUCUGCUGCCCUUGCUCAGUCCAAGUCAUCUCACUGGUCCGACAAGAGAAAUCCUCGUAUAUCCCAAUCCUCGCGAACUGCUUGUGUACGAGAUGCACACAGGUAAACUCAUCACACGCCUGAGAACGCCUUCAUACGCCUCUACACGCAUACAAGUCGCGGCAGGAUCGGGCACACGAAACGUCGUCAACAAGACAACAAGUCUGGCCUGGCGAGCCCACAACAUCGAGCUCUACUCGGGCCACUCUGACGGCACAAUUCGCUGUUGGAAACCAAGGACAUGGGAAGAUGCGCUCGAUGAAGACGGCGAAGACGAUGAUGACGAAGAAAGAGGUGAAGAUGCCAUGGAACGAAAACGCAAGAGGGAUGAGUUGGACGAUAUAGUAAACGGCCUGACCAAACGUCAAGUAACGUAUAUCUAA